CAAUUUUAAUGUCGCACGAACAGGGUUAUUUAUGUGUUAUUGAACUUAAUAAAAUUCGAAUUUACGCUUAAAAUAUAAUGGCCGAACUUGCGGCAACAAAUUUAUUUGAAUCACAAACUAUCAAUGCAGAUCACAAGGACCUUAUCCACGAUGUUGCUUAUGAUUUUUACGGAGAAAGAAUGGCCACUUGUUCCAGCGAUCAGUACGUUAAAGUGUGGGAUACAGAUGGGCGAGGCGGUUGGCGGCUUACGGGCAGCUGGAAAGCCCACCAUGGUUCUGUCUGGAAGGUGACUUGGGCUCACCCAGAGUUUGGCCAAGUUUUAGCAACAUGUUCAUUUGACAGAACUGUUGCCAUAUGGGAAGAAGUUGGUGAUACAACUGCUCCUGGCUCCGAGAAAGGUCUCCGCACGUGGGUAAAACGGUCAAAUUUAGUGGAUUCUCGGACCUCAGUGACAGAUGUAAAGUUUGGUCCAAAACAUCUAGGUUUAUUGCUUGUCACUUGUUCAGCUGAUGGAAUUAUAAGAAUCUAUGAGGCUCCUGAUGUAAUGAAUCUGGCACAAUGGACCCUACAGCAUGAGAUUCCUACUAAAGUAUCAAUUAGUUGUCUAUCAUGGAACCCUACAUUAUCAAGCAACAGAGUGAACCCACCGAUGUUGGCAGUGGGCAGCGAUGAACCAAAUAUACCCAAUGCUAAUAACCAAGUGGACAAAACUUGUAAUGGAAAAGUUUUUAUUUUUGAAUACGCGGAGACGUCGCGGCGCUGGACGCGCACGGACUGCGUGUCCGCGGUGCAGGAGCCCGUCAACGACCUGGCCUUCGCCCCCAACCUCGGCCGCUCCUUCCACCUGCUGGCGCUCGCCACCAAGGACGUCCGCAUCAUCAAGAUUGAGCCACUGCCCGAGUCGUCCGGCGGCUCGGGUGGCGGCGCGCGCUACAAGACGGAGGUGCUGGCGGCCUUCGACGACCACUACUCGUGCGUGUGGCGCGUGUCCUGGAACGUGACCGGCACGCUGCUCGCCUCCUCCGGCGACGACUGCUGCGUCAGGCUAUGGAAGAUGCAAUACUUGAACCAGUGGAAGUGCGUGGCGGUGUUCAAGAACGAGCCGCAAGCGGGCGACUCGCCGACGCCGGGCCGCGCGCACACCACCUACACGCGCCUCGCCGCCAUGGCCAACGCCGCGCACAUGCCGCACCACUGACGUCACGCCCCGCUCGCCCCGCACGCCCCGCACGCCCCGCACGACCCCCAGUCAUACAAAAUGAGCGACGGAGACGUGUCGUGUAUAAUCUGUGCUGUGAACUGUCAAACUGUUGAGUUACGUUGAACUAUUGUGUUUAGUUUUGUUAAUGUUAUAUUAAGGAACACAAGAGUAACGAUAUAUGAAUGUAAUGCUUGUAAACUUGAUUUAUAAUUUUUCCAUAAAACAACUUUUAUUCAAA